CCCAAAAUGACAGAGGAGUUUCUGAGCAGCACCCUUUCGGCAUCGGGGGCAGCCCUGCCGGUGUCUUCCUCGCUGACGCUGGAGCAGAAAGCUGCCUUCGUCUUUGUCUUCCUGCUCUUCGUCUUCCUGGGCCUGCUGAUCGUGCGCUGCUUCCGCAUCCUGCUUGACCCGUACCGCAGCAUGCCCUCCUCCACCUGGACGGACUACAUGGAGAAGGACACCUUUGACUACCGCAUCGCCUAA